CCGGAACAACUGUUAGGUUAUGGCGGCAUGGUUGGAACCAAAGCCGUACAAUCUCAAUUAAAAAGAGCAACAAUCCAUUUGAUCAAGGACAGAUUGGUGCCAACAACUUCCCAAAUGGCAUAGAGGAUGACAUUGUGAGGUGCUGGCUUUGCUCAAAUACUGAAUCAUAGGUACUUGCUAUGGCUGAAGGACAAGCCGUAUGGGAAGUGAUCGGUGGCAAGGACAAGGGUGGCAUUAUGGUCCGAGAAGGACGAGGCCUCCGAAGCAAGGAAGCCGCUGAGCGUUUGGCCUUUGCUUCCUUUGUGGAAGAGGUGGAGUUAGUGGGUGAGCGUUUGCACUACAAGCUGAUGACCGGAUCUGGUCCUGAAACAGGUUGGGUAAGCAUCAACAUUGGGGACAAGGAUCUGUUGAAGUGUAUCAUCAAGCCACCUCCCAAGCCACCACUCUUUUGUGCCUGGUAUUCUGGGGGCUUUACAACAGCGGAUGGUGAGAAGCUGCUUUCCCCUUUGAUGGAUGCCGUUCAUGCUGCCGGUGUGGAGAAGAGGGCAAUUCUUCACUUUCCAGAUGCUUAUGAGAUGUCGGGAGAGGGCUGGGAGGGCCGAGCGCCUUGGUCCAAAUACGUUGACAAACUAGUGGAAGAAAUCAACAAGGUUUCUGAUUCAGACUCGCAACCGCUGGUGCUGUUUGGUCACAGCCGUGGGGCGGCACCGGCCAUUUGCGUGGCAAGCCGCCUGGGCGCACGUGUGAAGCAGGUCUACAUCGCCGCAUGUGGUGCUAUGAGGGCAGGUGAAGCAACAGCUUGGGAAGCCCUGAGCAAGAACUUCAAACAAGGCGGAGAUCGAGAGCUCCUAGGCUGGUUUUACAGCCUCCAGCCUGAGAAUGUUCUUUUGAAACGUGCUGUUGAAAAGGCAGAUGACGAGUUCGAAGAGCAGGUGAACAGUAGCAAGUUCCUGUCAGAUAUGCUUUCCCUGAUGCGGCGCCAAUACCGGGACGCCAUGUAUCCGGAUCCCGACAGAGAUUUCAAGGCAGUCCCAGCGAAUGUGACAGCAUUUGCUGCGUUGCUGGAUGAAGGAAGCCAACCCGAACAUAUGGAGGAUUGGAAGUUGUUGACCUUAGCAAAGUUUCAGAAUGUAAGCCUUAAUGCUGGGCACAUGGAUUGCCUUGCCCCGAACACGGCAGGUAAAUGCGAACUCUUUGAAUUUUUGCAGAAGGAUUUGAAGCAAUUCAUCUCAUAAAUGUAUGUGCGAGAAA